GUCAGAAGACGGGAUGGCUCGCUGUGACUCGGAGGUUUGUCCUCACCGGCGCUCCGACGCUGCCGCCGCUCCUGUUGCUGCUGCUGUCAGUCACGGAGGCUGCUAACUAGCGCAGCAUCACGGGCAUCAUGGCGGACCAAGGCGAAUCCCCGGUUCCCGUCCUCCAGCCGCAGCCGUCGGUGACAACCAGCUGGCCAAUUACCAGAGAGGCGUACGAGCUGCAGGAAGUCAUAGGCAGCGGAGCCACAGCUGUGGUGCAGGCAGCCCUCUGCACCCCCAGACAGGAGCGCGUGGCCAUAAAGAGGAUCAACCUUGAAAAAUGCCAGACCAGCAUGGAUGAACUGUUGAAAGAAAUUCAAGCAAUGAGCCAGUGCCACCAUCCAAACAUUGUUACCUACUACACUUCCUUUGUGGUGAAGGAUGAACUCUGGCUGGUCAUGACGCUUCUGAGUGGAGGAUCCAUGCUGGACAUACUUAAGCACAGGAGCAAAGAAGAUGAGAAAAAUCGAGCUUUGGAGGAGCCCAUCAUUGCCACUAUAUUAAAAGAGGUUCUAGAGGGUUUGGACUACCUGCACAGAAAUGGACAGAUUCACAGGGAUGUGAAAGCUGGGAACAUAUUACUGGGGGAAGAUGGAUCUGUCCAGAUUGCAGAUUUUGGAGUAAGUGCAUUCUUAGCAACAGGGGGUGAUAUGACUCGAAACAAAGUCCGAAAGACAUUUGUUGGUACCCCAUGUUGGAUGGCUCCAGAGGUGAUGGAACAGGUGCGAGGUUAUGAUUUCAAAGCGGACAUAUGGAGCUUUGGAAUUACAGCCAUAGAGCUAGCGACAGGCUCUGCACCCUAUCAUCGAUACCCCCCCAUGAAGGUUUUAAUGCUCACCCUGCAGAACGACCCACCCUCUCUGGAGACGGGUGUCGAGGACAAAGAAAUGCUUAAGAAAUACGGCAAAUCAUUUAGGAAGCUUAUUUCAAUGUGCCUUCAAAAGGAGCCUGCCAAAAGGCCGACAGCUGCAGAGCUUUUGAAGUGUAAAUUCAUCCAAAAGGCCAAGAACAAAGAAUAUCUGGUGGAAAAGCUUUUGAGUGGUGCCCCAAAGAUUUCUCAGAGAGCAAGGAAGGUGAGGAGAGUCCCAGGCUCCAGUGGACACCUGCACAAGACAGAGGAUGGAGACUGGGAGUGGAGCGAUGAUGAGCUGGAUGAGGGCAGCGAGGAGGGCAAGGCAGCCGUGAAUCAAGGCAGGUCACGAAGGGUCAAAUACGAGGCCAAGGAUAAUGAGGAGGAUGCCAACAGUGUUCCUAUAGAAGGCUUGUCUGUUCAGCAUCCCCAGUGCCCGUCUCUAGAAGCGGAUGCUCUCAGCAGGAACCGCUCAGAUGGUAAACGGUUGCCUACCAGACAGUGUCAGCUCAGCGGCUGGGUGGAUCCUAAACGAGGAGUCACUACUAUUGUUGAACCAUAUGAGAAUGCAGCUUUCCUUAAAGGUGUGGUGAACAUGGUGCUACGAUUAAGGAACUCCAAAAAAGAGCUGAAUGACAUCCGCUUUGAGUUCACUCCAGGACGAGAUACUGCUGAUGGCGUCUCCCAAGAACUCUACUCAGCUGGUUUAGUCAAUGGACUCGACGUUGUAAUUGUUGCUGCUAACCUUCAAAAGAUUGUAGAUAACCCCACAACCUACAGAGUAUUGACCUUUAAGCUGGCUUCCGGCUGUGACGAUACCGAGAUCCCUGAUGAGGUGAAGUUGAUCGGCUUUGCACAGUUAAGUGUUAGCUGAUGCUCUCUUCACGCCUGCAGCAGGUGAGACAAGGGAUUCAGUUUAGGGCAGACAGACUGAGGGACAGCCCCCACCAUCACCAACACUUCCUUCAAAGUUUCCCCCCCAACACCUUCCCUAAAAACUCACUGCCCUCCUCCCUCCCAUUUUUACCUUCCAUGAGGCCAAAAUCACCCGCUGCCCAGCCUGCAAAGCCCUUAGCAUCUGCUUACCUGCUCAUCAUGCCCUGACCCGAAACGUUGACAUUCCAGGAUCAGGAUGCAGCCCAGAAACCAAAAGAUGUACUCAGGUGGUGAACGAAGGAUUGAAUGUUUUCCUAGUUUUAUUUAUUUUUCUUAUUUUUUAUUUUACACCACUCUCUCAUUAUUUAUUCUAAUGAGACUUUCCCUUACUCCCCUCACUGUUUUGUUGUUCCUUUUACUCAUGUCUCUUAAACUCAUUUAUUUAUGAAGUUUCCCUGAGGACUUUGUCAGAAUGUAAGAUUUACAUUGAUAACUCAUUGAGAGAAGCACAUUUUCGCAACUUAAUGAAUGUCUAAAGACAGUUGUUUUGCGUGUCAAGACCUGUUCCACUUUGGUGUGCAGGAAGAAAUGAGACCUUAAUGCUACUGUGUAUAAUUUGCUGUCCUAAACUGUGUUAUUGCUUCAAAAAUGAUAGAGGUGCCUUUUUUUAUUUUAAUCUGUGCCUAAGAAAGGAAUUACAACCCCCAAAAAAGCAGAACCUUUUCACCUAAAAUGUUCUCCUCCAGCAAUUAGACAAUUCACAAGAAAAAACUGAAAACAGCCUCAAGUUAGACUGGAUGGUGGGCUAAGAAAAUAAAUAAAAUCUAGACUUACGUACUCAUAAAAUCACAACAGUUAUUCUCCAGAUUAAGUAGCAACCAAAUUCUUUAUGACAAAACGGCUUAAGAGGGAGCCAACAACUGAGAGUAUCACGAGCCAUUCCUUCAUCCAAAGUCUUGUAGCUCAGAUUAUUUUUAGGUAUAAUCGAUUAAUAUAAUCUCUAAAAUCUUUAUUUUGUGAAGUAAUUUAUUGUAUUUUCUAUGUACAGUAUGUGUAUAUUUCCCCCGUAUUAUCCUCCCUCCCUCUGUAAUCAGCUAAUGUCAGAUGUCUGAUGAAUAGCAACAAAUAAAUCUUAUUUAAUAAAAUAUGUGAAACACUU